AUGGUAAUUGGAGAUUUAAACGCAAGGAUAGGAAACAUGCAGACGGCAACUACUGUCUUACAAGAAACAAACCUUACCAACAUUUAUAACAACCGCACAUCCAAAGAUACCGUCUACAAUCAAAAUGGAACAAAACUUCUUGAUAUUCUUCAAAACUAUGAUUUAUGUAUUCUAAAUGGUUGUACCGAAGGGGAUCGAGAAGGUCAUUAUACUUUCAUUGGAGGUCAAGGCAAAUCUGUGAUAGACUAUUGUGCAGUAAAUAACGACUGGGUAGAUCUUAUAACCAAGUUUGAAGUUCAAACAAAAACUUAUUCCGAUCAUUUACCUAUAGUUAUUGAAUGGACUAAUAAUGCUAUAAGAAACGAAAAAACUCUUAAUUUGCUCCCAAGAAUGAACUGGAAAAUACAAAAAAUAAAUAUAUACCAUGAAGCUAUAGACAACUUUUUUUCAAAUACGGUGUUGAACACAGAGUCGGUAGAAGAAUACUCUUCGCAAGUAAUAUCAUGCAUUAGGAGUUCUUCUUCAAUUAAAAUGACAACUGGAGAAAAAUUUUACAAGCAAAAGUGGUUUGACUCCGAAUGCUCGAAGUUCCGUAAGAAAUCCUUUGCUCUAUUACACGCAUGGAGAGAAACAGAUUCCGAAGUUUUAAAGAAAUGGUAUGCUGAAGCCAACACCUCUUAUAAAAAUAUGUGUCGUGUGAAGAAAAUCAACUGGGAAAACAACAAAGCUAUUCAACUUGCAAAUAUUAAAAACUCAAAAGAAUUCUGGAAAGCAACAAAAGAGAUAAAUGGUUCUAAAUUUAAAAUAGGUACAGGCGUUUCUGCAGCACACCUAUCACUGUACUUUCAAACUCUACUUCGUGAUCAAAGAAACAUAACCUUUUUAACUGCCGAACCUCUUAUCGUCGAUGAUAUUCUGGAUUGCGCUUUAGAUAAAGCCGAAAACUACCGUGGCAUAUCGUUUAUGAACACCAUUGGCAAACUCUUUUGUGGAAUUCUAGUCGCUAGACUUGAAAAAUGGAUUGAUGAAAACAACACCAUGACCGAACUACAGGCAGGAUUCAGAAAAAACUACUCGACUAUCGACCACAUUUUUAGUCUAACUGCAAUAGUGAAAGGUUUUCAAGCGAGAAACAAAAAGGUGUACGCACUUUUUGUAGAUUUUAAGGCGGCUUUCGAUCUCAUUCAUAGAAACGCGCUUUUGUACAAGUUAUCGCAAAUCGGACUUUCUACCACAUUCAUUCAGAUCAUCAAAGAAAUGUAUUGUGGAACUAAUGCUGCUGUUUGGGAUGGAAACAAUAUAUCGGAUUGGUUUGAAACAGAUAGUGGUGUGAAGCAGGGAUGCCCACUUAGUGCAUUGUUAUUUGCACUUUUUAUAAACGAUGUUGUGACUGAACUACCUGGUGGAAUCAGAAUUGCAGGCACCAUAGUAAAUGUUCUUUUGUACGCCGAUGAUUUGGUAAUUUUAUCUGAAAAUCCGCAAAAUCUACAAUUGAUGAUAAACCGCCUUGUUUCAUUCUGUGAGAAGUGGGGACUUAUCAUUAACACAGAUAAAUCGAAGGUAAUGGUUUUCUCAAGAAAUAAUCGGGGUAACCCAACACAAAACUAUAAUUGGUUCUUGGGAACUAACCGUCUUGAUGUUGUGAGAGAAUAUACUUAUUUGGGAGUAAAGCUUAAUACAACACUUGAUUUCAAAACACAUUUCGAAGAAAAAACUAAAACUUGCCAGAAACUUAUAAACUCUACUUGGAAAAAUGUUUUGUUCAAUGAACACGUUAGUCUGUCAACAAAGUACAAAAUCUUUGAUUCAGUCGUUAAAUCGACAUUGUGUUACGCUGCAGAAGUAUGGGGAACUGAUGAAUUUGAAGAAAUGGAAAAGCUGCAAAGAAGUUUCAUCAAAAAAUUGUUCAACCUACCAAUAAAAACUCCAAAUUAUGCUAUUUACUUAGAAACAGGUUUACCCAAAAUUUUUACUAGUACUCUUAAAACACAAGCCGACUAUAUUCUAAAAGUACUCGACUUCCCCGAAUCACGACUCGUAUGGAAAAUGCUACAGUAUGAAAUCCGAAAUAAAGAUUGGUGGAUGGAGAAAUGGCGAAAUCUUGGCGAAGUCUAUGGAGAAAAUACCAACAUAAUUCCCGGCGAUAGAAUAACAAUAAAAGAUCGGUUGUAUCGUACAAUACAAAAGUUUGAAGAUAAUCAGAGAGCGUUGCUUGUAGCGGAAGCCCAGCAGACGGAUAGCAGAUUCUUGUACUCAAAACUCAACUAUAAUCUAGAAGCUGAUAACUAUUUUUCUACAGCACAGUUUGGUUAUAAUUCGAUGCUGCCAUUACUUGAAAGCGUAAAUGUUUCUAUGGUAGACAUUUUCUUUCACACUAGUACAGUUGCCAGAGAACUAAAAGAUCUUGAAAUUCACAAAUCCGCUGGCCCAGAUAGUAUUCCCGCUGAAGAGUUGUUCUUCAACGCAAGCAAAACCACUGUGUAA